GAUGGAAGAAGAAGAAGAAGGAGGUUUAAGGAAGAACAUCGCCGGAAUAAUCAGUCGAGCGGAGAUCGACACAACGCCGCCUUUCCGAUCAGUGAAGGAGGCCGUUACCUUGUUCGGUGACAAAGUUCUAGCUGGAAAGAUUUAUCUCAAUAAGCCCAAAGAGAUGAUUGAGAUCGAAGAAAGUGACGAGGAAGAAGGCGAGGGUUCAUCUAGGUGUGGCUCAUUGACAACCGAACUAUAUAAGGCAAAACAAAGUCUCUUAAAAGCUAAGGAGGAAAGCUUGCUUAUGAAAACUUGCAUAUACUCAUUACAAGAAGAACUCGAGAAAACGAAGUUUGAACUCAAACAACUAAAGGAGCACGAAGAAUCAGAUGAUGCACAAUCAAUAACGUUUGAAAAUGAUAUUGAAGAUCUCAAAUGUAUCGAAGAAUCUUCCGAGUCAAUUACUCAAACAGUCUCGAUUCACGAAGUUCAAAAGAAGAGAUACGUUACUUUUGCAAAUUGUCCUUCGCUUGCUAAAGUCAUAGUGCCAAACUCGGACAAUGAUGUUCGCGACUCGGUUUUGGAGAGGCUAGGUUCUCUUAAAAAGAAGAAUAAGAAACCAUUGAUCCCAUUAAUUGGUGGAUUUUUCUCUAAAAUGAAAUUAAGCUCCAAAAAGUUAGCAACUUCAAGAGCUUAAUUAACUAUCAACUAAAAAAGAUAAUGCAUAUAUACUUGAAAACUAAUUGCUUCAUAAAGUAAUUUUCAUCAUUUAUUCAUUUAUUUAUGUUUUCCUUGAGGUGAUCAUAACAUGUAAAACAAUCAAUCCAUAACUGAAGAGUUUUUUUUUUAUUUCA